UGGUGUUGGUUAGGGCAAAAGUGUUACUAAAACACUAAGGAACACAGCGGAAAUCGAGGAAGUGUUGGGACUUAUGAUGCCCCUACUCCGGCUUAAGCACACAAAUCCGUCAUAAUGCAGCGCUGAGGGCAAGGGAACAAAAUAAAUCCAAGGCAUUCCACUCCAGGGCAAACGAAGCUGAACAAUCGGAGGACGUGAACGAGAACGAGGACGGGUACCAGGACUAGGACUAGGACUAGGGUACUUCAGUUGACGACAAACCAUUUCUGAACAGGAGACGUCGACAAAGCGGCCAACGGCAUGGCGGACCUGGAGCGCAUACGCCUCGUCCUUUUGGGCGGCGCCGGCGUCGGCAAGAGCUCCAUUGUGAAGCGCUUCCUGUUCAAAUCCUACACGGACAAAUACCGCGCCACCGUCGAGGAUCUCUACAAUCGCGAAUACGACCUGGGCGGCGUCACACUGAAGGUGGACAUUUUGGACACAUCAGGUGACAUGCAAUUCCCGGCCAUGCGGCGUCUGUCCAUUGCAACGGCGCACGCGUUUAUGCUUGUCUACGCCGCCACAUCGGCGCCCAGUUUCCAGUGUGUUAAGCAGUGCUUCGAGGAGAUCCGCGAGCAGCGCGGCGACUUCCAGGACAUUCCCAUUGUGAUCGCCGGGAACAAGGCCGACUUGGCCACCACCCAUCGAGAGGUCAAGCUGGAGGAGGUGACCGAUUGGGUGUUCUGCGAGCUGCCUCGAUUACGGGCGAAAGUGCAGGAGUGUUCGGCGAAGGAGGACAGCAAUGUGACCGACCUCUUCAAGUCCCUGCUCUCCCUGUCCCGCUUCCUGCCCGCCAGCAGUAGUGGGAGCGGUGGCAGCGGAACGGGCGGUGAGGCGGCGCCCAGUGGUUUCAAACGCCGCUCGUCGGCCUACGUCAGCGCAUCGUCCAGUCGCAAUAAAAAUCGCAUGAAUAGCCCGGCUCUGGGAUCCGCCGGCGGCAGUGGCGACAAGAAGGGCACCGGACUCGUGGACGCCGUCGACGUGGCCAGCACCAGUGCGGAGGCCAAGCUGAAGCCGCGUUCCAGAUCGCUCAUACGCCGCGCAUCACGCAAGACCAAGCAGCAAAUCAACAACGCAUCCGACGACUGCAACGUGCAGUAAACUUUUAUUAUUUUGGCCGGCAGCCCUGCGCUUAAUUAUGUUUUUACAUUAUGCCACAAUAUGUAUUAAUAAUGGGCGCCAGUUAAUUAGCGUGCAUAAACAAGUGGCACCGUAUUUAUGUUUGGUGCAAUGAGCUGAUUAUUCUGAUAACAUAAAACCCACAAAAACCCACUUGCUCAAGGGCAAAAGCCAGUGCGAUAAAUUUGCAACUCUAUAAUAACUUCCAUGAAUUAUUAUUAUUAUUAUUAUAAAUAUGUGUGCUUCGAAAGGGGAGUUCUUAUGUGAAAGCAAACAUCAAAAAGAGCUUAAAAACUAUGCCCAGAUGAUACUUCACUAAAAGUUAUAACUAUUCUUUAAGAUAUUUUUGUGUAAUUAAUUUUAUAUGUAGUCUAAAUAUCAGUGUUCUUAUAUAAAGAUAUUAGCCUUAAAAAAGAGAUUUGGUUUUCCGUUAAGUAGAUUUGUAAACAGAUUUUAAACUAGUGUCAUCGAGGCAUAAGGGAUAAAGGAUUAUUCCGACAUUGAGCUGACUUGCAAGGGAAUUAUGCACAUAAAUCGAGUUGAGUUCCGGUCAUUACGGUUUGAAGGGACCAGGUUUUUAUUUAAAUUUAAAAUUAACUUUUAUACGAGAAACCAUUUCGAUUUCAAUUUUCAUAAAUUUUAGUAUAAUCUACGAGGGCGCAAUUUGAAUUUAAUUGAGAGAGAAGAAGCCGGGUGGAGACAGGGACAAGAUUUUGGAGAAUCGUAAUGCCGUUCAGAGAGUUCCUUUUGAUGAGAAAUUAAUGGCUCAGUCGUUGUUGUUCGUUAAGAUUGUCGGGCUGAAGGAGGUUUUUCAAGAAAGGACUAAGUUUAAUGCGUUUUCCACUGAUGGAUUGUCAUAAUGUUAUGAUAGGUUGCAUAGCUUUAAGGUAAAUUCUAGAAUGCUAAUUUAUGAAUCUCUAUCUGCACCCUUAGCUGACACCAUAGUUAAUAUUGAAACGUUCCGUAUAUACAUAUUAUACAUAUAUAUAUAGUAAUAACAAACUUGAUGGAUGGCUAAGAAUGUUUACAUUUGCUUUGAGCCAAGCUCGCUGGGGUUGAAUCCGGAGCACAGGAGCGCAGGAUGGAGUCACAGCGACAGGACUUAUGGCGAAUAAAGCAAUUUCGCGGCAUUCUCCUUUGGCCCCAGCCACGUAAAUAUAACAAAACCAAAACUUUAACAGAGAGCACAACACAAUUUACUAUGCAAAAAACGUAAUUGUAAAAUAAAUUUGAUGAGUCCGGGGAAGGGAAAGGGAGAGAAUCCCUGAAUGCUUAUCAAGGAUAAUACAGGGUGAACUUCUUAUGCUAAAUUGCCAAAUCAAAUUCCCCACAAUGCACAUCAAGUUCGAAGCAGGAGAUUUAUGUUAGCGAAUAAUCGAUAAAACCGUUUUUAAUACGCAACUUUUGCAUGCGAGUUAGAUUUUUGCUCUCCUUCGGCACAAGUUACACUUGCAACUGUGGAAAUUUGUGAUAAGAAUCCUUUUGUGUUUGUUAAACGGAAUGUGCUUAGCAAAUAAGAUUUAUUUUAAAGACUACUUUUAGGCGUACCAAAUAUGGCAGAGUAAAUAUUUCAAGAAUCUGUAAAUGGAUGAAAUACGGCAUAUGCAAAGUGAAUUGUGAUUAAACCAAAUAUGUACAUCUAAGCAAAGUGCGUGUGUACAGAAAUGACAAAAUGUUAAAUGAAAAUGGAAAAUUAAAAUGGAUAAAUUGCUGGCAAUGCAGUCAGUAAUUUCAGUAAUGAAAUCCAAGAGCGAUAGGGGGAAACAGGGGACAUUUUAGUGUCCUUAAAAAUAUUGUAUUGUUGCUUUCGUCCAGAGUGGAUUGACAGGCCAGACCUAGUUAUACAUAUAUACAUAUAUAUACGGCAUUAUGCAUAAUUGUAUUUAGUACAUAGUCCGUAAUUAAACCAAGUUUGGAUGUUUGUUUUAUAAGUAAUACGUUUAUACAUUGUUACUAGGUGUAGUUAAUUAACAACAAAUCUGAAGAGCCCAACCCGUGUUUGAUCUCUAAUCUACUAAUCGUAACUUAUAUCACUAUCAACCAAUGGGAACACAAUGAGCAUGAAGAGGACGAGGAGGACGAGGAGGACGAGGAGGCACAGCAAGAUGCAUGCUAUAUCAGACGACUUAUCCAACUUACCCGAUUUUAAAUACAUAUUUGUGUACGUAAUUCGAUUGUUCUACAAAAUGAAAGGAAACCAAUUCUACAGAAUCGAAAGAUUGUAAUCUUAAAAUAGUCGAAGGAGAAUCCAAAGGCCAAAUUAACUCUCUAAGUGUGCGUAUGUGUGUCAUGUACUUGUAACUAAUUGAAUUUCAAUUCAAAUUGAAUUAUUGACAAUUGUAUUAGCCAGUUAAAAUAAACCACAAUGCGUCCCAGGCAUCGGUGUAAAAUGUUU